AGAAAGAGGCUCAGUCUAGUUGAUAGUGAGCAGGAAUAGUGAAGAUGGCCUCCCAAGUGUGUCAGAACUACCACAAGGACUGUGAGGAUGCUGUUAACAAGCAGAUCAACCUGGAGCUCUAUUCCUCCUAUGUUUACCUCUCCAUGUCCUCUUACUUUGACCGGGAUGAUGUUGCCCUGCGUCACUUUGCUGAGUUCUUCAAGGAGCAGUCCCAUGAGGAACGGGAACACGCUGAGAAACUGAUGGCAUUCCAGAAUAAACGUGGAGGCCGAGUCCUCCUGCAGGAUGUCCAGAAGCCAGAGCAGGAUGAGUGGGGCAAUGGUCUGGAGGCAAUGCAGAGAGCUCUGCAGAUGGAGAAGGAUGUGAACCAGAGUCUGCUGGAUCUGCACAAACUCUCCUCUGGCCACACGGACCCUCAUCUGUGUGACUUCCUGGAGAGGCACUACUUGGAUGAGCAAGUGAAGAUGAUCAAGAAGCUGGGAGAUCACAUCACCAACCUGAAGAGACUGGGAGCCCCUGACAAUGGCCUGGGAGAGUACCUGUUUGACAGGCUCACCCUGGGGGAGAGUGACUGAACUAUUGUAUUUCUCAGUUGGACUUUGUGGAAUGUGCAACUUGAAAUAAAACACUUAAUAUUUA